AUGCUUCUCCAGGGAGCGACUCAGCAUAUCAUGAAACCUGCCUUGGCCAGUCGAGAAAUUAAUCCCAAGCUUAGGUUUACCAAGGAUGGGACAUUUCAGAUCUCGGUCUUUAGUGAUCUACACUUUGCCGAAAAUGCAACACUCGAUUCAAGGACUCAACAUGUCAUGUCAGAGGUGAUUUCAAGUGAAAGCCCACAGCUGGUGGUUUUGAACGGAGACUUGAUAUCUGGUGAAGCUACGGAUGGCUCCAAUCCGGGCCAGUAUCUUCAUCAAGUGGUGAAGCCAUUGGUGGAUAUGAACGUGCCAUGGGCAUCAACUUAUGGUAAUCAUGAUAGCGAAGUCAACCUGGACCCGGAGCAAGACAUAUACAGCCACGAGAUAAAAUAUCGGAACAGUCUGACGACAAGCAUGAUAUCUUCACCCAAAGCUGGGAUUACGAAUUAUUACCUGCCGAUAUAUCCACAUGCGAGCUCGAAUACAGUUCCUGCUCUUAUUUUGUGGCUUUUCGACUCUAGAGGAGGUCACUAUGCAACCAAUAGAGGCAACGAUGAUCUCUCUGGGGCAAGAGGUGACUGGGUUGACAAAGCUGUCAGUGAGUGGUUUAUAAACCAGAAUGCCAAUUUGACCAAGAAAUACGGCAAGACCAUUCCGUCGCUGGCUUUUUACCACAUUCCUGCACAUGCGAUGCUCAGAUAUCAAGAAGACCAAUUUAAUGAUCAAACUACACCUGGUAUCAAUGGCGAAGUUGUAGUGUCACAGGGCUCUGGCGACACAGACUAUUCAGGACAAGACAGUCAGUUUAUGCAGGCUCUUCUUAAUACUUCUGGGUUGAUGGCGACAUUCAGUGGCCAUGACCACGAGAAUGAUUGGUGCUUCAAGUGGAAUGGCAGUCUUGCCGAUCAAAAUUUAACGGGGAAUGGCAUCAAUAUGUGCUACGGUCGGCACACCGGCUACGGUGGCUAUGGCGAUGCUCCUCGCGGGGGACGUCAAAUAUUUUUGAAUCAGAAAACCAUGAAGGACGAGAUAGAGACAUGGAUUCGGUUGGAAGAUGGUACAACUGCAGCCGCAGUCACACUCAACGCCACAUAUGGCCAAGAUCAUUAUGGGGACGUGGUGUCGAGACUCAUGCGAGCUUCGAAUAUGGCCAACACCCUUCAAGAAUCCCCUUUACUCCCUCUGGUUCUACUGUGGAUUUUUACUUUGACAUGCUUUCAUCUAAAAAGUAUUUAG